UCCGAGUCUUUCACGGUCUCCCUGACAAGGCUCUUAGAAGCCAGGCAGCGGGCCGGCCCUGAUGAAAGAGGAUGUCUGUCUUUAUCUGAUGUCUUAUUCCACCCUGUACAGCCGGUAUCACAAGGUUUUGGACACUCAGUCCUGAUGGAGACAGACUUUUCCUGUUAUUACACUUCAGCACUUUUGGCUUCUGAUUGAUGGUGACAGAUCCCCUCUUGGUUCUAGCUUUGUUGUCCUUUUUAAAGGAUGAUGAUGGGAAUCUUUGCAAAUUGUAUCUUCUGUUUGAAAGUGAAGUACUUACCUCGGCAGCAGAAGAAAAAGCUACAAGCUGACAUUAAGGAAAAUGGUGGAAAGUUUUCCUUUUCAUUAAAUCCUCAGUGCACACAUGUAAUCUUAGACAAUGCUGAUGUUCUAAGUCAGUACCAACUGAAUUCUAUCCAAAAGAACCAUGUUCGUAUUGCAAACCCAGAUUUUAUAUGGGAAUCUAUCAGAGAAAAGAGACUCUUGGAUGUAAAGAAUUAUGAUCCUAACAAGCCCCUGGAUGUCACACCACCUCCUGAUCAGAAGGCGAGCAGUCCUGAAGCAAAAACAGAAGAUGUAUGCCUGGACAGUGCUAUGGAGGAGGAAGACACCGUGGAACUCAAUGAGUUUUCUACAGAGAAUGUUGAAAUUUCCCAUCUUCCUCAAGAUUUUGAAGUUGCAAAAUAUAACACCCUGGAGAAAGUGGGAAUGGAGGGAGGCUGGGAAGCCGUGGUGGUAGAGCUGCAGUGUUCACGGGACUCCAGGGACUGUCCUUUCCUGAUAUCCUCACACUUCCUCCUGGCUGAUGGCAUGCAGACUAGAAGACAGUUUGCUAUAAAGAAAACCUCUGAAGACGCAAGUGAAUACUAUGAAAAUUACAUUGAAGAACUGAAGAAAGAAGGAUUUCUACUAAGAGAACAUUUCACACCUGAAGCAACCCGAUUAGCAUCUGAACAAUUGCAAGCAUUGCUUUUGGAGGAAGUCAUGAAUUCAAGCACUCUGAGCCAAGAGGUGAGCGAUUUAAUAGAGCUGAUUUGGGCAGAGGCCCUGGGCCACCUGGAGCACACACUUCUCAAGCCAGUGAACACAAUUAGCCUCAACGAUGUAAGCAAGGCAGAGGGAGUUCUCCUUCUAGUGAAGGCAGCACUGAGAAAUGGAGAGACAGCAGAGCAACUGCAAAAGAUGAUGACAGAGUUUUACAGACUGAUACCUCACAAAGGCACAAUGCCCAAAGAAGUGAACCUGGGACUAUUGGCUAAGAAAGCAGACCUCUGCCAGCUAAUAAGAGACAUGGUUAAUGUCUGUGAAACUAAUUUGUCCAAACCCAACCCACCGUCCCUUGCCAAAUACCGAGCUUUGAGAUGUAAAAUUGAGCAUGUUGAAAAGAAUACUGAAGAAUUUCUCAGGGUUAGACAAGAGGUUUUGCAGAAUAAUCACAGUAAGAGCCCAGUGGAUUUCUUGCAGAUAUUUAGAGUUGGCAGAGUGAAUGAAACCACAGAGUUUUUGAGCAGACUUGGCAAUGUGAGGCCCUUGUUGCAUGGUUCUCCUGUGCGAAACAUCGUGGGAAUCUUGUGUCGAGGGUUGCUUUUGCCCAAAGUAGUGGAGGAUCGUGGUGUGCAAAGAACAGAUAUCGGAAACCUUGGAAGUGGGAUUUAUUUCAGUGAUUCGCUCAGUACAAGUAUCAAGUACUCACACCCGGGAGAGACAGAUGGCACCAGACUCCUGCUCAUUUGUGAUGUAGCCCUCGGGAAGUGUAUGGACUUACACAAGAAGGACUUUUCCUUAACUGAAGCACCACCAGGCUACGACAGUGUGCAUGGAGUUUCACAAACAACCUCUGUCACCACAGACUUUGAGGAUGAUGAAUUUGUUGUCUAUAAAACCAAUCAGGUUAAAAUGAAAUAUAUUAUUAAAUUUUCCAUGCCUGGAGAUCAAAUAAAGGACUUUCAUCCUGGUGAUCAUACUGAACUAGAGGAAUACAGACCGGAGUUUUCAGAUUUUUCAAAGGUUGAAGAUUAUCAGUUACCAGAUGCCAAAACUUCCAGCAGCAGCACCAAGGCUGGCCUCCAGGAUGCCUCUGGGAACUUGGUUCCUCUGGAGGAUGUCCACAUCAAGGGCAGAAUCAUAGACAUUGUAGCCCAGGUCAUUGUUUUUCAGACAUACACAAAUAACAGUCAUGUGCCCAUUGAAGCAAAGUAUAUCUUUCCUUUGGAUGACAAAGCUGCUGUGUGUGGCUUCGAAGCCUUCAUCAAUGGGAAGCACAUAGUUGGAGAGAUUAAGGAGAAGGAAGAAGCUCAGCGAGAGUACCGAGAAGCCGUGAGCCGGGGUGAUGGCGCUUACCUGAUGAGCCAGGAUGCCCCGGACGUUUUUACUGUAAGUGUUGGAAACUUACCGCCUAAGGCUAAGGUUCUCAUAAAAAUUACCUACAUCACAGAACUCAGCGUCCUGGGCACUGUUGGUGUCUUUUUCAUGCCCGCCACUGUAGCACCCUGGCAACAGGACAAGGCUUUAAAUGAAAAUCUUCAGGAUACAGUAGAGAAGAUAUGUAUAAAAGAAAUAGGAACAAAGCAAAGCUUCUCUUUGACUAUGUCUAUUGAGAUGCCAUAUGUGAUUGAAUUCAUUUUCAGUGAUACACAUGAACUGAAACAAAAGCGCACAGACUGCAAAGCUGUCAUUAGCACCAUGGAAGGCAGCUCCUUAGACAGCAGUGGAUUUUCUCUCCACAUCGGUUUGUCUGAUGCCUAUCUCCCAAGAAUGUGGGUUGAAAAACAUCCAGAAAAAGAAAGCGAGGCUUGCAUGCUUGUCUUUCAACCCGAUCUCAAUGUCGACCUCCCUGACCUGGCAGAUGAGAGUGAAGUGAUUAUUUGUCUGGACUGCUCCAGGUCUAUGGAGGGUGUGACAUUCUUGCAAGCCAAGCAGAUCGCCUUGCAUGCACUGUCCUUGGUGGGUGAGAAGCAAAAAGUAAACAUUAUCCAGUUUGGCACAGGUUCCAAGGAGUUAUUUUCAUAUCCUAAGCAUAUCACAAGCAACACUGCAGCAACAGAGUUCAUCAUGUCUGCCACACCUACCAUGGGGAACACAGACUUCUGGAAAAUUCUCCGAUAUCUUAGCUUACUGUACCCUGCUCGAGGAUCCCGGAGCAUCCUCCUAGUGUCUGAUGGGCACCUCCAGGACGAGAGCCUGACGUUGCAGCUUGUGAAGAGGAGCCGCCCCCACACCAGAUUGUUUGCCUGCGGUAUCGGUUCUACAGCAAAUCGUCACAUCUUAAGGAUCUUGUCCCAGUGUGGUGCUGGAGUAUUUGAAUAUUUUAAUGCAAAAUCCAAGCAUAGUUGGAGAAAACAGAUAGAAGACCAAAUGACCAGGCUAUGCUCUCCUAGUUGCCACUCUGUCUCAAUCAAAUGGCAGCAACUCAAUCCAGAUGCACCCGAGGCCCUGCAGGCCCCAGCCCAGGUGCCAUCCUUGUUUUGCAAUGAUCGACUCCUUGUCUAUGGAUUCAUUCCUCACUGCACACAGGCAACUCUGUGUGCAUUAAUUCAAGAGAAAGAAUUUAGUACAAUGGUGUCAACUACUGAGCUUCAGAAGACAACUGGAACUAUGAUCCACAGGCUGGCAGCCCGAGCUCUAAUCAGAGAUUAUGAAGAUGGCAUUCUUCACGAAAAUGAAACCAGUCAUGAGAUGAAGAAACACACCUUGAAAUCUCUGAUCAUUAAACUCAGUAAAGAAAACUCUCUCAUAACACAGUUUACAAGCUUUGUGGCAGUUGAGAAAAGGGAUGAGAAGGAGUCGCCUUUUUCUGAUAUUCCAAAAGUUUCUGAACUUAUUGCCAAAGAAGAUGUAGACUUCCUGCCCUACAUGAGCUGGCAGGGGGAACCCCAAGAAACUGUCAUGGACCAGCCUCUUUUAGCAUCCUCUGAGUGGCAAGAAUUAUUUUCAUUCAAACGAAAAAAAUGUUCGUCUAAAAGAAAAAUGAAAUUAUCUAAGUCACAAGUUUCUGAAGAUUUUGAAGAGGAUGGCUUAGUUCUACUACAGGGUUUCACAUCAAAUGUGGAACAUGGACAUGAGGAAAAGCUAUUAGAUUUAAGUUGGACACAGUCAUUUAAACCAGCAGCAACUGAGCCACUAUUUAAGAAAGUCAGUUCCCCGGAAACAUCUACUUCCAGCCUUUUUGGUUUUUCUGCUCCAGCCUCUGGUUCCUCUUUUUUCCAGGCUGCCCAUUCUCACAGUCCUGCUUCCAUGCCUCUCGCCUCAUUUCCUCAGUUACCUAGUUUGGGUUUUGCUGCUCCUCCCAGACAGUUUGAUGUAUCUGAGUUCAGAAAAGUCCCUGUGCCUUGCAGUGGUGCUGACUGGAUCUCGCAGUCCCUGUCUUGUCCCAUAGAGCCUCCUCAGAACCCACCUUUUGAACCCCUCUGUGGCUUUGCUUAUAGAAGGAGCUCAUUGCUCUCCACACAGUCUGUUCCACCGGAACCUCCUGGGGGCUUUAUGACCAGGCCUCCUGCUGGCACCUUCCCUGAGCUGGAUUCUCCCCAGGUUCAUUCCUCUCUUCCCACAGACCCUGAUCCCAUCAAAGGUUUUGGGUCUUAUCAGCCCUCUGUUUCCUCUCCUUUUCAUUUGCAACCUUCCCCAGCCUCUUUAAGUACCAACAAUGGUCUGCCAGUAGUUUUACCUCAGGCUCUUUGCCCUCUGUCCUUAGCAGAUCUCUCUGUUCAAGAUAAAUCAGUGGGCAGUCUCGAAGGAAGUCAAUGGCUUGCCUUUGAUAUUCAAAGUUCUGAAACAGAAAGUGUUGAGCUAUCAGAAGUACCUAGCAAUUGUGGCUAUUUACAAAUGUAUAGUGGCUCAAUAGUUGACAGUACCCCGUGUUUGCUGGAAGUAAUACAGGAGGAUGACAUAGUGUGCACACAAUGCUGGCUGAAUGCUGUGCCUUGGACAGAACUCUUCAAUCUACAGACAGAGGAUGGCUUCUGGAAACUUACACCAGAACUGGGAUUUAUAUUAAAUCUUAAUACAAAUGCUUUGUACAGCUUUCUUCAACAAAAAGGCAUUCAAUCUCUAGGUGUAAAAGGAAAAGAACAUCUCCUGGACCUAAUUGCCACAAUGCUGGUACUACAGUUUAUUCGCACCAGGUUGGAAAAAGAGGGAAUAGUGUUCAAAUCACUGAUGAAACUGGAUGACGCUUCUGUUUUCAGGAAUAUUCCCUGGGCUUUUGAGGCAAUAGAGAAAGCAAGUGAAUGGGUAAGAAGAACUGAAGGACAGUACCCAUCAAUCUGCCCACGGCUUGAACUGGGGAAAGACUGGGACUCUGCCACCAAGCAGCUACUGGGACUCCAGCCCAUAAACACUGUGUCCCCUCUUCAUAGAGUCCUUCAUUACAGUCAAGGCUAAAUCAAAUGAAACUGAAUCUUAAACUUUUUACAUGCUUCUAUGUAGAAAAUAAUCAAAUGUUAAUAGAUACUUACAAUGAAACUUCAUUACGGUUUUAUUUAGUGUAGCAAUUAAUCUCUUUAAAAAUAAAGUAAGUGGAAGCAGAAUUACUUUAAUCAACUAACAAGCAAUAAUAAAAUGAAACUUACAAUA